CCAUCCGCGUAGUACUCGAGCAAAAUGACUGUAGCUGUCAGUUACAAUGUACAGUUUUCGUCCUGUACGUUCACCUUAAAGGUCAAUUCUCGGUUAAACAGCACUGCAUGGCUCUCAUGUGCGAUCGAAUAGACUGUACCGACUGCUCUUUAGUAGAUAUUGACGUGGAUUUAAUGUGAGGAGUGUGCUGGCUGUGGAAUAAUCUGUAAUAUUUACAGCAACUGCGGUUAAAAAAUGUCCUAAAAUCGAUGUGUUGGGAAUUAUGAGUAAACCCGGCACGACGACAGCUGGGUGUUUUUAUACAGCGACGCUGCAAACGAGCGACUUUUACUUGUUCGUCUGGCACUAAACGUUUCGGAAACCUGUGGAUUACUUUAUGAAGUGAAGCCGAAACUUUUCACGACAGUUGACACUGUGGACACUCAUUCACAUGUCAACGGUAUUCCGAUGUACGACUGUCGGAAUAAAGCUGCUUUGUUGCUAGGUUACAUCAUUCUUUAAGGUUAGCUGCUAUAUCAUUAGCUCCAGCGACCGGGGCGAACAUGUCGGCGGUCUCCGCCACCGAAAAAGUGGACGGGUUCACUCGAAGAUCCGUGAAGAAGGCGCAGAAGCAGCGGAAAUCCCCGAGCUCGUCUCGCUUUCGGAGCCACAGUACCUCGGGAGAGCUGUCAGCCUUGCCGCAACUCAGAGGUAACGUUCACGAUGCUCCUUCUACAGAGCAGCAGGAGCUGUUUGUGCAGAAGCUCCAGCAGUGCUGCGUGCUCUUUGACUUCUUCGACUCUGUCACUGAUCUGAAGAGUAAAGAGGUGAAGAGGGCCACUCUCAACGAACUGGUAGAAUAUGUUUCUACCAGCAGGGGUGUACUGGUGGAAUCCUCCUACCCUGACAUCAUUAACAUGAUCAGCACCAAUAUAUUCAGAACUCUGCCUCCGAGUGAUAACCCCGAUUUCGACCCUGAAGAAGACGAGCCCACGCUGGAGGCCUCGUGGCCACACAUGCAGCUGGUGUACGAGUUUUUCCUGCGUUUCAUAGAAAACCCGGAUUUUCAGGCGAGCACAGCCAAGCGCUACAUCGACCAGAAGUUUGUGCUGCAGCUCUUGGAGCUGUUUGACACAGAAGACCCCCGGGAGCGAGACUUCUUGAAAACCAUCCUGCAUCGCAUCUAUGGAAAAUUCUUGGGCCUGCGUGCUUUCAUCCGCAAACAAAUCAACAACAUUUUCUUACGGUUCAUCUAUGAGACCGAACAUUUCAAUGGAGUAGCUGAACUUCUGGAGAUCCUGGGCAGCAUCAUCAACGGGUUUGCAUUGCCGCUGAAGGCCGAACACAAGCAGUUCCUGAUGAAGGUGCUCAUUCCCAUGCACACUGCCAAAACCCUCGCACUCUUCCACGCACAGUUGGCGUACUGCGUGGUUCAGUUCCUGGAGAAGGAUGCCACGCUCACAGAGCCGGUGAUCCGGGGGCUUCUGAAAUUCUGGCCCAAGACCUGCAGCCAGAAAGAGGUCAUGUUCCUGGGUGAAAUCGAGGAGAUUCUGGACGUCAUUGAGCCGACACAGUUCAAGAAGAUUCAAGAGCUUCUGUUUAAACAGAUCUCCAAGUGUGUAGCUAGUCCUCAUUUUCAGGUAGCAGAGCGAUCGCUCUACUUCUGGAACAACGAGUACAUUUUGAGUCUGAUUGAGGAGAACAUAGACAAGAUCCUGCCCAUCAUGUUCAGCAGCCUGUACCGAGUCUCUAAAGAGCACUGGAACCAGACGAUUGUAGCACUGGUGUACAAUGUGUUGAAAACGCUGAUGGAGAUGAACAGCAAACUGUUUGACGAGCUCACAGCCUCCUACAAAGCCGAGAGACAACGAGAGAAGAAGAAAGAGCAGGAGAGAGAAGAGCUGUGGAAGAGGCUGGACGAGCUGAAGAUCUCCAAGAGCCAGAACAACAGCCACGGCAUUCUGAUAUCAGAGAACAGCAACAAUAACAACAACCAGUCAGAGGAGCAGAACAGCUUGGCCAUCGCCGCUACACACGGCGUCAGCACACACACACACUAUACUGACCACUCUGCCAAAUGACACAGGGACCACCUGUCAGAUUGAAACCAGCAGAGAUGUGGACGUUUCAACUGAAAAUGCGCUCUAUAGAUCUACAUAGACCAACUUUAUUGAUGAAAAUGAAAUAUUUUAGUUAUGUAAGUCUAUUUUUGGAUGUUAAGUGCAGUCAUGGUAUUUCGUAUAUAUUAAAUCUUCACUCACAGGUAGACGUGUGCCGUCAUACAUUAUUACAGUGGACAAUCCUGCCUUCCAUUCUGGAGGAGUCCGUUUUUGAGCUCUCUUCUCGCUCUAAGAUGAAUCCUGUUUUAUUCAGGAUUAGGCAGCAUUAGGAAUUAAAGAGUUAUGAAAUAUUGCAGUAUUGGGACAUCCUUUUCACACGGUCUGAUUCAGAGAUUGACGUGUGUGCGACAGCAUGUUAAUGUCACACUGAAUUAUUGACGAGUGAGCAUGCUGGUACGUACACAUGGGCCUAUAAGAACGAAAACAAAUCAGUGAUAUAACGAGAGCAGGGAUUUAAUGAAGCUAUGUGGGAUAUUUCGAAUUCUUCAGUCAAUUAAAAUCCAAAAAUGUCCUAUUAACUGUUACACUCUGCUACUGUGUAGUUAUGAUACGGUUCAGACCAGACAGAGCGGGAUGAGUGAUGUCGAUUCGUAUUGAUGCUUGUUGUAAAUUGCAGAAAUCUUUACAGAAGACUCGCGCAAGGUGUUUUCCUGAACCCGACAUUUUAAAGGAGCAGUUUGUAAUUCUCCCAAAUGCAAAAGAAAAUGUCAAUAAAAUAAAGCCUUCUCCCUCACUACAA